AUGAUGCUGAGAUGGGUAUGUCUGGCAUUGUUUUGUGGAUAUGCUUGUGGAGCAGCAGCUGAUCUAUUUUUGAGGCCCCAUAUUCAAACACCACAAGCUGCAAAGGAGAACGUCCAUUGCGUAGGCGAGGUCACCCAAAAGUGCGGAUCCGGCUAUUGCUACGAUGCGGUAAAUCGGAAAGAUAAUCGCAUCACAUCUGGUUGUGCCUCUAUCGAAAUGUGUACCAAAUCUGAAUGCAAACUUUUCGAAUCUCAGUACAUCUGUUGCUGUACCGGAACUGUAUGCAAUGGCAAAACCGCAAGCCUUUUACGAUCCCGUAUGGCCAUCGAACUGGAACGCCGACCAAAACCCCACGUCCUCAAGAUUGACAAAAUGGCUCGUCUUUCGCCGCGUCUUGCCCCAAGAGAUGUUCGUGAAACCGAUGGAAAAGCCUCGGCUGAAGGAAAAAGUGAAGAGCUUGUAAAGAGUACGGUGACUUCUUCGGCUGAGGAUUUGAAGUAUCCGAAGCGAUUUGAAUCGAAAUCUACCCGGGAUGAAGUGAUACCUGAGCCGAGUACGCGUUUUGAGGAGCCGGUUGUUCUGAAAGAGGUUGCCGCACCAUUGGAAGCGCUAAUGCCGGAAAAGAAGACUACUCUAACUGCUCUGGAACAGCAGGCAAUUACAGAAGGUCCGUUGGGAGGGGUCGUGAUUCAGGAGGAGAAAGCAACAACCCUAAAGGAUGAUUCUGUCGUAGCCGGUGUGAAGAUUACCCCAGAACAACCAGCACUGCCUAUGGUCAAGGCGGAACCGAUAAUCAAGGAAGAACCACCAAAGCCACAAGAAGAUCGCGAAAAAGUGCCCGAAUUCGGUGUUGGAGCCGCAGCUGAUGAAUCUGCCACCUCGGAAGAGCAAAAUGCCGGGGAAUCGCUUGGAAAAUCUGGAGAGGAGGAGAAGGAAGAUGAAGAGGAGGAUCGGGGUUCAAAACCAAAGCGAACAACGGCAUCUGGUCAAAUCGAUAAGGCCGAUUCAAGCUCGAACCUCUGGUACAUCGUGGGAGGCGUGGGAAUCGUGCUGAUAGUGGUUGGAAUCAUCGGCCUCGUGGUUACGCGAAAUCGCUCACGCAAGCAGCCACAGCGACGACCGAAAAACCAGGAUCUACCUCUCGUCGAUCCUCUUCUCCAUUCCCCACGAGACAAAGUUCCAAACGAGACCGCAGCACAACCU